CAGAGAGAAGAGGAGGAGACAGGCAAGAAAAAAACAAAGAUGGCAGUGUAGAUUAAGGGAAGGACUAUCGAAGAGACCCUGCACCAAAUUGAUAACUUUUCAGCUUUCGGACGAAUCCGGAUCGUGCUCGGUUGCGAUCGGAAAGUGGACCGGGGAGGAAUAGCCCGGUGGGGUCACGGAGAGUCGCCGUGCGCGUGCUGUCACGGUGGAUAACGCCGUUAAACAACAGCCUGUUGUUUUGUUGAGUCCUAGCUGUUUUUCCUCUCUUCACAACCUUAAUAUAUGCUAAAAACACAUGCAUUCAUGCCCGCAGUGACAUACAGAUGAAAUUAAAUCCGCUGUCCCCUAUCAUACAGUCAUAUUACCCGAAAUUAACCUGUUUACGCUUGAUGGUUUGCGUCUGAGCGCAUUGUUGGCUCUCCAAGACCCCCCAUCAUCCUCAUCAUUACAGGCCGGAUUUACACUGACAAUCGGCGGAUCCUGAGAGCCCGAAUAUCCCUCGGAUGUCUUCGAUGGAAGAGCGGAUGGAACUGGGAGUUGCGGCCGCCCCGGGCUCCUCAUCCUCGGGUCUGGGUGUCGGUCCUGUGGGGGGCGCCCUGGAUGCUGGUCCGGGCAGCGCUGGACUGGCAGGUAUCCAGGAGGAGUCCGGGGUGCGCAGGGACGGUUCGGUUGGCGAGGCCGAUCCGGACGCACCGCCCAAAAAGCGCGUCCGGCUGCAGGAGGGCGAAGCGGGGAAGCUGGAGGAGCGGCUGUACUCGGUGCUCUGCUGCACGGUGUGUCUGGACCUGCCUAAAGCCUCGGUGUAUCAGUGUACGAAUGGGCACCUGAUGUGCGCAGGCUGCUUCAUUCACCUGCUUGCGGACUCGCGUCUGAAAGAGGAGCAGGCCACGUGUCCGAACUGCCGCUGUGAGAUCAGUAAGAGUCUGUGCUGCAGGAAUCUGGCGGUGGAGAAGGCCGUAAGUGAACUGCCCUCUGAGUGCAGCUACUGCCUCAAACAGUUCCCUCGCUCCGGCCUCGACCGCCACCAGACAGAGGAGUGUCAGGACAGAGUGACGCAGUGUAAGUACAAGCGGAUUGGCUGUCCGUGGCAGGGCCCGUUUCAUGAGCUCAGCGCCCAUGAGGCCGAGUGCUGCCACCCGUCUAAAACUGGCAUGGAGCUGAUGGGCAUCCUGGACGAGAUGGACCAGAGCCAUCGCAGAGAACUUCAGCUCUACAACAGCAUCUUCAGCCUACUGUGCUUUGAGAAGAUCGGCUUUACAGAGGUGCAGUUCCGGCCGUACCGCACUGACGACUUCAUCACGCGACUCUACUACGAGACGCCGCGCUUCACCGUGCUCAACCAGACUUGGGUGCUGAAGGCGCGGGUCAACGACUCAGAGCGCAACCCCAACCUGUCCUGCAAACGCACGCUCGCCUUCCAGCUCAUCCUGAAGAGCAAAGUGAACUCUGCGCUGGAGUGCUCCUUCCUGCUUCUGAAGGGCCCAUACGAGGACGUCAAAAUCAAGCCCGUCAUCCAGCACCAUGUCUUCUCCAACGACGCCAAUGAAACCGAGUACGCCCCGCUGCCCAUCUGCGACAGCGUGGAGUGCAACAAGCUGCUGGCUGCCAAAAACAUCAACCUCCGCCUCUUCAUCUUUCAGAUCCAGAAAUAGAGGGGACGCAAGACACGGAUCGGCGUGAACAAAAGAGGAGCGAAGAGGGGAAAGGAGCACCACUGAACCACAGAUACCUCGACUGAAGCAAAACAAGGAGGAACACGGCCCAUCAGUACUGCAGUAGAUCGUUUGUUUGUGUGUGAGUGUGUGUUGUUGCCGCCGGUAAGCUUUCAGACCCUCUAAGGCCAAAAAAAGAAGACGACAAAAAAAAUAAAAAAAAGUCAACAGUGUCACCCAACACCCUGCUGAUCUCUCGCUGGCAGAGCAGGACGGGCCUGAAUGAACACCAUCAGUGGAUAUCAGUCAGACCAAUGCUGAGGAACGAGACUGAAGGAGCGCUAGAGGUCUAGAUCAUUCAACUCUGUGUUUCCAUGCAGUUUUCAGAGCUUCUUCUCGAGGCCGUGACUGCUUUAAGUGUAUUUUCGUAUGUGAAGGUGGCCAUUUUCAUUGCAGUCUCGCUAAACAAAAUGGCCACCGAUCCUAAACCUGAAAGAUGCGAUUUGCAUGUUUUUAGUUUCUCCUCUUGUGCCCUCUGGAAAAGCACACUUUUUAGUUGCGUAGCAUAAUAAUCUUGACCCUAUCAACGCAUUUAUUUAAAAACCUGUGAAUCUUGCCUUUUUCCCCUCCCUCCCUCACAUGAUCUUGUCUUUUUUGAUCCCUGCUGGUUUGUGAACGACACAGGUAGAUUUCACACCUCAUGAUGUCAUGGAUAUUUAUAUUUAUUGCUUUUAUUUAACCUGCAUUAAUUAAAACAGACUUUUACCAAAUCACUCAUCCACUUAACACUGAGAGACUGGAAAGAUCUGAUAGCGAGCCAUUGUUACAAACCCCUUCCCUUCUUCAACCCUCAUCCAUCUACACGCACAAACACACACACAGAUUUGGUGGUUUAUGAGGACUCUCCAUAGGCGUAAUGUAUUUUAUACUGUGAAAAACGCUUAUAAUAUUGCCUUACUGGUGUCUCCUUGCAAUCAUAAACCCAAACCUCACAAGAAACCUCUGGCAAAUUUUCAAUGUGAAAAGCCCUGUUAAGUAUGAUUUUCAUCAGUUUUAAACAGCAAGGCAUGUGCUCAUAAACCACUUCAACAUUGUAAUACCUAGGUCAUACUCAUGUCAUUAUACUAAUGUCCUCAUAAGCCACCAAAACCAGUACACACACGACUUUCCUUCAUUAAAUAUACACAAACACACGCACACAAAGCUGGGGGUACAAAAGAGCCAAUGGGGUAAUCGGAUCUCGGUUCAGAUGAACACGGCUGUGACUUAGUUUUGACAUACUUGAAUUCAUGAACGACAGAACAACAAACAGUUGAGCUGAUCCGGCAGAGACGGUCACUUCUGAUUAGAGGAGAUUAGUUGAAAACUAUUUCUGCAUCUAAAAGCUUUUAUUUCUCACACUCUGGCUGUAUAUGUGCCUUUCUAUUAAAGCUCAUUUAAACUUG